GAAGACUCCCUCCGAGAGGCUGCGCAGCCGCAGUUACUAGCGACUUCGGCGCUGCGAUGGGGACCGAGGAAAAGGGUCCGAACGGCGGCAAUGGCAACGAGAGUCGGGCAUUGGCCAGUAUCAGUGCUGAGAGCCCGGGGAAGCUUUGUGGCCGGGGCAAGAAACGGAUCCUGGACGAGGAGUCGUACAUCGGGAAUUUGGAAAAAAUUAUCCAGCGUGACUUUUUCCCCGAUGUGGUAAAGCUAAAUGCUCAGAAGGAGUUUUUGGAGGCUGAAGAGAGUGGCGACAUGGAAAAGAUGCGUGAAAUAACCAUAAAAUAUGGCCCUUCACUUGGGAAACCAAAUUUGAUGACCCCUGCCCCAUAUCACACGCCAGGUUCUUUUGAGACGCCAGAAGUUACCUCAGGUUCUCCAUCUUCGCAGAGUAAAACCCGAUUAGAUGGAAAGCCUCCAAGUGAUGGAGGAGAAAAGAAAGAAGAGGAAUUGCCAACUCUGGACACUUACUUGGGGCAAAGUACCAGUGAAGACAAUGCUUCCUUCAAUCAGAUUAUGGAGCUUGCUGAAGAGCGGAAUAGGGCUAAACAUGCCUGGCUCUAUGAGGCAGAGGAAAAAUCAGAGCAGGGCCAUGAAGAAAUGCUGGCACUACCUUCACCUGAUGCUUUGGCCAUUGAGGACAGGAAACCAGGGGUGAAAACCUGGAAGUACAAAGCCAAGAAUAUUCUGAUGUAUUACCCAGAAGGAGUGAAGGAUGAUGAACUCUUCAAGAAACCCCGUGAGGUAAUUCACAAGAACACCCGCUUCCAGAGUGACCCUUUCAGUCAAACCCUGAGCAGAUCUCAGCUCCAGCAAGCAGCAGCUCUCAAUGCGCAGUUUAAACAGGGCAAAGUGGGGCCAGACGGAAAGGAACUGAUCCCACAGGAGUCGCCAAAGGUGAAUGGCUAUGGCUUUGUAAGGACUCCUUCACCUGCUCCAGGUGUGAUGGACUCACCGAUGAUGACAUGGGGUGAGAUUGAAGGCACACCACUGCAUUUGAGCGGUUCAGAAACCCCUCAUGUUGACAGGACACCAGGACCUGCAUUUAAGAUUCUGGAACCAGGCAGGAGAGAGAGACUGGGCCUUAAAAUGGUCAAUGAGGUUGCAGCCAAAAACAGAACCAAGAAACAGGAAGCUUUGAGGAAGGCGACAGAGAGUCUGGUCAGCCUUUCUCCACAUGGUAUCAGUCCGGUGAUGUCACCAGCCCUGCAGCGCCUUGUGAACCGCACCUCCAGCAAAUACACGGACAAAGCUCUGCGUGCCAGUUACACGCCCUCGCCGGCACACAAAGGGACGCCACGGUGUAAAACGCCACGUGCUGGUGUCACCCCUAAAACGUUUAUUGCUACCCACACGCCGAGCAGCCAGGACCCCACCUCCAUCACAGACAACCUGCUGCAGUUGCCCAAGAGAAAGAAAGCAGCGGACUUCUUCUAGGUUCAGUCCAGUCCCGUCUCUCCUGUGGAAAUGGGAAAUCUUCAGACUGAGGAUGGGAGUACUUAACAACAAACUAUGGCCCUGCAUUCAUCUACUAAGGAGUCCUGUUAUGUCGUUUCUGUCUGCCACUUCUAUAGGUCUAACAUGGUGCAGUCAACAUGUUGGCAGUGAGAGUUCGGCACAUGAGCUGGCUGUUAAACUACUUGUGUUCUUGUAAUCUGCCAAGGCCGGCCAGCCGAGUUGAUGGGCCUGGGCUGACCAUCUCAGCCUUUCGCUACCUGAUACAACUGCAGUCCUCAAGAACGCUCAAAGGUUUUGCCUGUGUAUUAACCAUUUUGGUAUGGGCACAUCUCAUGCCCAUUUCUGUCCAGCCUGUUAUCCAUUUACUUUGGCUAGUAGUAUUGGGGUUUUGGGAUUGAUGACUUUGUUGUGGAAGUACAGUUGGUUCAGGGACUCUACUGUGGCCUCACUUCCUAAGGCACUGCCUUCCCACUUAAUGAUCAGUGUGUUAAUUGCGUGUACCCACAGACACAGAGAGCGAGACAUACCUUUCCCUGUACACAACACAAACUGGAGGGUCUCCCUCUCGUGCACCCUGAGCGACCAUCUACAAACUGUGCCAGUGUUCAGGGGAUGCUGCUCAUUCACGUUCACUCAUUUUUGUCUGUACCCGCACUCCCAAUCAUCAUCAGUGUCCCCUCUCUGCCCGUUGGUACCUUAUCAGUGCUCCCUUUCUCACAUCUCUUUAUUGGCUCCCCCCCCCCCCCCCACCCCAGGUCGAGCCCUCCCUCUGUAUUAAAAUUUGUUUCUCCACCUGCAUCAGCCUUGGGCAGGGUUUUUAACCCACGUCUGUCUGAUGCAUCCUCUCUCAGACCAUCCUCUCUCUUGCCCUCCCCUGGGUUGUUUCCCUCUGCCAUUCUACCGUCCCCAGACAAUGUUUUUGGUUCCUUUUUUGCUGCGAGCGUGUGUAUAUAUGUGUAUGCAGGGAGACGCAGACAGACAGACACACGUCUUUGCUUUGCCCUGAGCCCCCUUGGACAUGUCUUUAUUCCGUUAUUGUGCUGAAAUUUCCUGACAAAUUUUUUUUCUAGAAAUGACCUCUGGUUAAAAGAAACCAUAUGCGGCUUUUUUUAUGUGGACUUUGAGUACUGUAAUGCUUCCAGAUGGGAACCAACUCCUGCAUCUACUCACUUACUGCAGCCUCGGUAACAUGUCCUCACUUGGACAGGUGCUCUAAAUCAUAGAGGCAAGUUCUGGCGCUGGAGGCUGUUCAGGGGAUUGUAGCCAUAGCAACUGAAGAUUCAGGCUAAUCCCUCUUUCCUGGUACAACGGGCAGUGAGUUCCAAACCGUCACCACUCCUUGGACUUCCUCCUACCCUUAAUUCUUAAACCUCUCAAACUUUUGCCUCUUGCUUAAUUUUCUCUGUGUUCGGGCAAAUUUACUCCUUCCUCUUUAUCCUGUACCACCAUUAUUUUAUACACUGCAGCUAAAUUAAACCCUUACCACCUCUUCUACAGAAAGCAGUGUCAAUCUAAUCAAUAAUUCUUCACAUCUGCAAUUCUCCAAUCCUGACAACAUCUUAUAAGCACAUUCUUUGCUAUCAUGUAUUUCCUUUAAGUGACCAGAGUUGUUUUAACUAGUCUUUAUUUCAAUGUAUGGAUCCCAGAUCUUCACAUUUCAUUCCUUGUUGAUGAAGGCAUGUUUAUCUUUUGCUUUCCUAUCACUUUUAUUCCUAUCUAUAUGCAAUAAAUCUUGUGUGGAUGGGACUUUAGUGACAGACUAACAUAUUUUCAGACUACUGGGCAUUACUCAUUUUAUUCCAAUAUUUUAAAAGUGACAAAUAGUUUAAUAAAUUUCCAGUAAGUUCUGAAUUUCAAGGGAGUGGGAAACCAAGUCCUGAUGAGUUUAAAGGGAGCUCAGGGAAACAGAAGCCGGUGAGUCUCCAGUACGUUGCUCAGGGUGCACACCAGAUCCAAGCUACCUUGGGGUCCCUCGUAUUGUGAACUCCUGCUCACAUUCCUGGCCCCUGGUGCUCCCAGGUGCAGCUGUCUCUGAGUAUGCAGAUCCAGGGAUAGUGGGUGUCCUAAUGAGUGAGUCAGAUGUUGAAUUAUUGUGGAUUAUCAGAAUUUAAUGGAACUGAGUUCUUAUCUGGACCCUGUAGAAUGCACUCAGUCUCCUACAAUCCAUCUCAUUGCUUGUUUCUUCUCCAAUCCAUCACCUCACACUGAUCUAAAAUAAUUCUAUUUGCUACUUUUCUGCAUAUAUAUUCCCAUUGAUAUCUCUGAGUUAAUAAGUAUCCUCUUGUGUUUCAUGAUCAUCUGCCACCUUUGUGUAGAUGAGAAGAGUAGGAAAAUGGGUUUUCAAUUCCUUCCCUAUAGUCAGUGAAAGAAAUACUGAGCACCUUGGAAAAGAUGUUAUAAGCUAAGGCAAGGGAGAAGUGAAACUCCAUUCAGAUGUACAAGUGGAGUGCAAUAUGAUGGGUCAGAGAUGUGGCGAAUGAUUGCUGCUGACAAAUGCAGUCAGCUGACAGAAGCUAAGAUGAUUGCAACAUCUGGGAUCAAAGUUACAUCUUGCUCACCAGCACACACCCAGUUCCCACACUCCCUUUAAACUUAACGCGAUUUGUUGGCCAUGCUCCCCUGAAUCUAAAUGGGUUCAUUGAAAUGUUACUGUGAAACAUCUUUAAAAAUGGGAAUUAAACAUGUGUGUUGGGAUAUUAAUAAAAUAUCUGAUGGUUUGGAAAAUCUAAACCUCCAACAUAGUCCCAAGCAUUCCUGCUUUUUGGAACUUUACUAUACAUAGGCCAUGGGAAAUGUCCCAAAAAGCCACAUAGAUUGUUGAUUGUAUUUCGAGUGGACAGGGUGGGUUGGGGUGAGGGCUGCUAUGGUCAAAUAAAACCAGAGCUUUCGAAAAUCCUGGCCGAUCACACAUGCAGGACUCAGGGUGACCUUGGUAGAAUAUUUGGGCUUAGAGAGAAUUAUUCUGCAGCAUUAAAGUUACGCAGUGUUCCCUGGAGGGGUGGUUUGGAUGAAGUUGUUAAGGUAUUUGGGAGAACUCGGGGUAUGUUGUCACACUAGUUAAGAUGCCUGGAAUGAAAGGACUGGCUUAAGUAUUAAAACUGGGUCUUCCCUCUUCUACAUGUAAAUAGUGAUUGGAGUCUGGUUGAUACCAGGCCAAUAAUGUUUUUUUAAAAUCUGAAAUUAAUAGACAUUAAAGCACAGAGGAGAAUGUAGUGUAAUGUCACUAAUUCAAUUAAGUCACAUUGAUGGGCCCAACAGGCUCAAGGAACAAGAGGCUUACCCUUCUCUGUGUAUCUCUUUUUAAAUAAACUUGAAGAAUGUGUGUAUUUUUCAUAUUUA